UUAAAAGAAGUACAAAUGCCCAACGAUAUGUGGCAACAGAGAAUGCAGUCCGCACUAAAACGACCGACUAUCACACGCUGCUAUAAGAAGAAAAAAUGCUUCGUCGGCAGCAUUAAAGAUUAAAGCAUUAUAGAUGUUUCGGAGACUACAACCUCAUCAAAACGUUUAUUAUGGACUUGUAAUAGAUGACUCUAUAUAAGUUAACUUAUGUUAUUUUAUAAAGACGCUAUUAACAUUCAGAAAGCUGCGAUUUAUCUCAUACGAUUUAUCUAUAACCUAGAUCCAAAUAAAAGAAUCAUUGAUCCAAUAAAAGAACAAAAAAGUCUUGAAAAUAUUGAUUUUUCGACUAAUCUUUCCGGAAAUGAAAAUUUCAUUGGGGUUUAUGCAAUAUUAGGUCCAUUCCUGUAUACAAAAUAUUUGAUAUAUAAAACUAUUUCUUUUUUUUGAAUUUUAGAGAAUCUUGAAUUUUAUUAUCUCUCUUGUUGUAUAAAAGGACAACUUUCACCCCGUCAAGGAAAUUUUCAAGAUGAUAUCGUGUCGAAAAUAUUGAUUGAGUGUCAGGUAAUUUGUCUCGUCUCGCAGUCACACGCUCCACGUAAAACUGCCACGAAGCGGAGCAAAUCGACAUGCAUUAUUUAUCGUUGGGGGUGCCUCUAUGGGAAACUCUCUCUCUCUCUCGAGGGGAUGAAAAUGUCAAUACAAAUUUUGAUGUGCGUGUAUGCUGAUGAAUUCUUAACUCGAAAAGCAUUGAAAAUAAAAGAAAACAUGAAAAAAUCAUCUAAGGCAAUAAUGAUCGGGAUAGUGAUCUGGUUAGUCGCAAUUGAAAUUGUAUUGAUCUACAUUGCAUGCACAAUCCAGACAAAUAAAGAUAUCAUAUUUAUGGAUCAAAAUGUACAGAGAAAUAAUACAACAGUUUCUACAACGGCGAGCUCAAGAACAGUAUCAACAACAAUAUCAACUACAUCACAGUCCAUAACAACUUCAAAAAAUUUUUCAACAGAAAAAACAACUACUUCGCAAACAGACCAUGCACCGGUUUUUACAGGAAACACGAGUGUAACAACGACGAACGUAACGAUUCCACUUCCAACUUCGAAUUUUCCUUCGACUCCGAUUCCGAUUCCGCCUCCGACUCCAGUUCCAAUUCCAACUUCGACUCCGAUUUUGCCUCCGACUUCGACUCCGACUCCGAAUUUGACAUCUAAAACAACAAAUACAACAGGUGGAAUUACAGUUCCUUCAAUGCAAUCUACAACGAUAUCCAUACGUUCUACAACAAUGCCAAUGCAAUCUAUAACGCAAUGUGUAUCAAACGUAACGAAUCCAUCAUCCACGACAGUAUCUUCGAUUACAACAGAAAAUCCGACAAUAAACAAAACGACAAUCGUAAUCAAUCCAAGUACGACUGAAGAAAACAUAUCAAAAAUCACCACUCCUAUAUUUAAUUAUAUCCUUAGAAAUAACACAGGAGUGGCGUGCGUUCUGGCAAACAUGACGAUUCAUAUAAAUUUGCGAUAUACAAGAAAAGAUUUUCAGAUACCAAAAUCCAUGAUGGUUCCAACAGAUGCAACGACGACAGGUACUUGCGUUGGAAAAACAGCCAAUAUGACUUUGAGUUGGGAAAAACCAGUUAAAGGCUACAAUAAUAAAAAGAAUAAAAUUACUUUUAAUUACUCCCAUGAUAACAGCAAAUUUUUUCUUGAUUCCAUUUUCGUUGACUUGCACGUGCAAUUAAAAGAUGAAUUAAAGAGAUUCAACAGAGGGAGAAAAAACAGUUUUGCUAAAGUAAAAAAAAGUUUAACUUAUAAUAUUUUAGAGUACACAUAUAUGAAGAAUUCCAGGAAAGAUAAAUGACAUUCCAAAGUGUUCGAAAAAGACGAUCUCUUGUAUGUGAAGAGUGCAGCCUCGUGUGCAUCCAAUCGCGACCAGUGUCGACGACGUGGUUGGAAUUUCAAAAUUUUUAGAGCAUCUGCAAUCCAACAGCAGCUGUUUGCGUAUAUCCCAUUCGCCAUUUAUUCCUGGUACAAUAUGACAAACGCUACGAUGCAAACGUGGAAAAGGCAGCAUUGUUUCCUCAGAGACGCUUUCGUACCUGCGAGUAUGUACAGGUGGUUGCUCAACACGAGACCCAUUGUCCAGCUUCUAUCCCUCAUCUUACCUACGCUUCCUACAUGAUUACUCUUCGUAAAUAAACCUAUAAAAUUCUGCAUUCUUUGUGAUGCAAUUAUUCUAGUAUUAGAACUUAAGAAAACGCAAGAAAAAGAAGCCUUAUCGCGAUAA